CUACGUUACUUACUUAGACUGAAAGAUUAAUAACCAUAAUUAUAUCAUUAAACGUAAAUUCACUUUUGAUAAUGUCAUAAACAAACGAAUAUCUAACAAGUAUGCUUCUUGAUAAUGACAUUUGACAAAGUUACAAACAUAAACGAAAAAAUAUUAAUAAUUCAAAUCACUAAACAUAAGCAAUCUUACAAAUGAAUUAAAUUUUUGCUAAUGGUUGUAUUGUGCUUGGAAAAAAAAUAUUGAUAAUAGCACUUCAAAUUAUUAUAAAUCAUUGCGAACCAAAUUGAUAAAACGAUGUAAUAGUAAAUAAACUUCAAGUACCAAAAAAUUGAAAACACAAUUUCACUUUUUCUAAUGUUACAAACAAAACAUAACAUAAAAGGUUAAUAAUGUCAUAUAAAAUUAUUAAAAAAUAUGUCGAACAACAUUAAUAAUAACACAAACGAAUAUCUAACAACGAAAAAUCUCAAACCCAUGCAAUGAAAAGCCCUAAUGAUGAUUCAAUUUAUAAAUAUUGAUAAUGUCAUUACAAAAUGUUAAUACUUAAUACUAAUCGGAAUUUGACAAGAUGUGAGAGAGGCAUAUAUUUUAAAUUUCAAAUUUCCAUUUUAGAAAAAGAAAAUUAUUAAAUUUGGAUUUUAUUAAAUAUUAAAUAAAAUUAAUUUCAUAUUUCUUUUUAAUUAUAAUGUAGAGAGAGGGUUAUGGAGAAAAUCAUGGGAGGAGAGAGAAAGAGAAUCAUUAAUUAAUUAUAUUAAUUUUAAUUAUAUUUGCAUAACUCUAUUUACCCUUAACUACCUAUUAACUACUAACCCCCAUUAACUACCUAAUCCACUAUUAGCCAAUAGGAAAACUUUAAGAUUUUCCUUAAGAAAUGAGGCUUAAGGACUUGAACUCAAGCCUCCUGCACGGGCUUCACAGUUCACAACAAGUAAACCCUAACAAUUUUUUCCAUUCCCCUUCAAAGCUUCGUAUCUUUCUCUCCUAUCGUUGAUCCAAACUCCCCACCCACAGGCCAUAGCUCCUCUCAGUCAUUGAAUUUCUCGAGCCUCGAACUGCCAAGCCGAGAGAUGGGUUCCAGGUCGAGGAACGAUAGUGAUGGUGCAAGCCCAGGGUGCGUACUUUCUUUUCUCUAAUUCUGGCGAUCUUUCUGUAGAGUGUAUGAUAAUUUUAGUUCGCUUGUUGGAAAUUCGGAUGUCAGUUAACUGAAAAGUUCCAAUCUUUUUUUAUCUUUCGUGGUUGUUAUGCUUUUGGACUUGGCUCUUUGCUUACCUGUGGUUGGGAAGCUAUUGACAUUGUACUCUUUACCUUGCAGGAAGAUUUUCAUAGGUGGAUUGGCCGAAGACACCAUUUACGGUGAGUUGGUUAGUUGUUGUUUGUCUUGGGGGGAUUUUGGGUUGUUUAAGAAUGUUGGGCUAGUGAAAAUUCCUUGGAUUGAGUCUCUAAGGAGACAAGACAAUGACCUUGGUCAUUGUUAAUGUCAGCUUGGGGAUUUCAAGAAUUUUAUUAUGUGCUUAUUGUGUGUUUUGAUGAAAUAAAUUGCAGCAACUUUCAACAAGCACUUUGGAAAAGUAUGGGGAGAUAACUAACACGGUCAUCAUGAAAGAUCAUUAAACGGGACAUUGUGGAUUCAUAACUUAUGUUGAUCCUUCAGUUGUCGACAAGGUCAUUGAAGGCUCCCAUGUCAUCAAUGGGAAGCAGGUGGAUUUUCAAUUUGGAAUUUCAUUUAGCUUCUUGAUCUGACCAACCCUAGUGUUAUGCCUAUGCUCAAUGAAUUUGACCAGCAUAGAGGUUCUGAGGUUUGAUUGUGCCUAUCUUUUGGAAAUUGUGCAGGUUGAAAUAAAGAGAACCAUCCCUAAAGGAUCUAGACAAUCGAAAGAUUUUAAAACCAAGAAAAUAUUUGUGGGUGGGAUUCCAUCUUCUAUCACAGAAGGUAUAGCAGCUGAUGAUUGUGGUUGAUGCUUCUCAAACAGACAUUAAAUGGAUUAUCUUCUUUGCAUUAGAGGAACUUUUCCUCUUUCAAGAUUAGUAAUUGUGUUGUCAAAUUUUUGAAGAUGAGUUCCAGGAGUUCUUUUCUAAACAUGGAACAGUUGCAGAGCAUCAAAUCAUACGUGAUCAUGAAACAAAUCAUUCUCGAGGCUUUGGGUUUAUAAUUUUUGACAUUGAAGAAGUAGUGGGUGAACUUUUAUCAAAAUGAAAUAUGAUUGAUAUGGUUGGUACUCAGGUGAGUUUAAUCAGAUGUUUUAAAAGAGUUCACAAUGUACUGGGAUCCCUAUCAAGAUGGGCCUUGCCCUGUUUCAUACUUAAUGGCCAAGAUUGUUUUCUUUUCACUUCUGCAAUCUUUCCCACUCUUUUGUUUGUUUGUAUCAUUCUUCUGAAAUUGAAUUGUAGCUUGAGAAAUGGUUGCAGGUAUAGAUCUCAAGAGAGGGCACACUAUAGUGUUUGCUUGCUGCCGAAAUUAUGUUAACUUAGUUGCAUAUGUUGUAGGUGGAGAUCAAGAAAGCCGAACCCAAAAAACCCUCAAACCCACCACCUGCUUCUGCUUAUGGGUCAUUCAUAAACGACUCAUAGUCACCGCCCAAGCAUGUCAUCUACUGAAUAAAGUUCUUAUGUGCUUGCAUUACAAAUAUUCAGUGUCGCGAGUUUCAAUUUUUGAAAGUGCAUUCAUUCCUUGUCUUCCAGAUAUUCUGACAAAGGAAGACAAUGUGAAAUAGGGAUCGAGGGUGGAGGGUAUCUUUCAGAAAGUAGAACCACCCGAGGAAAUUUGUAGCUUAUAAUGGGAGGGGUAGAGAUGGUAUGAUGUUCCAGGAGCUACUCGAUCGUGUGACCACAAGAGAAGAUGCAAUGUAUUAAUGACUCAUUUGGUUCUGACACACCAGGCAAGUUGAGUUGGGGGAGCAUUUUCUAUGUAGAAGCCUCUCCUUUGUUGCUAAACCGUCCCUGGAGCAUCUUCAGAUGAAAACCUCAAGCUUAGGUGGUAGGUCCACGCUUGACGCUCCAGACACAUUUAUAUUUAUCAGUGAUUCCCAUGGGUUGGGAAUCGGGAGUGGCCAUAUGCACCUCUAAGAAUCCUCUAAGAAUCCCAAGUCCAAAAGUUUUCCAAUUCCGCCUCCCCUCUAAGAAUCCUCAUGAUAGCUUCUAAUUGAGAACUUGAGACGUGACCCUAAAUCGUGUUCGUAUUCCAUCUUCUUUUCCACAUGUUCAAUCCAUUCUUUUAUAGCAUAUUUAAUAACUCAGAAGUCAGAAUAAUUUAAUAAAUGAGAUUAAAAUCGACUAUAUUGAUAUUUGGAUCACAGUCAAGGUUGUCAAACCCGUUUAUGCUAGUUUGCCGGUUUAGCAAGUGGAAACGGUUCAACCGGUGGCACAUACUGAUUUGUACCAGUUCAUGCCGGUCAAUAUUACAAAUAAAAUUAUAAAUACUCAUAUUUAAACAUGACAUUUAACGUUAAUACCUAAACGUUUAUACUUGAAUCUAACAAAUAACAUCAAUAUUUAACUUUUAUACUCAUAAAAUAAAUUAUAAAAUAAUCUUUAUCAAUUAAAUUCUCUAAAAUAAGGUAAUUUUAUUUAGAGAUUCGUAUAUCGAUCAUUCCGAUCAUACUAGUGGUGUCACUCCGAUUUUAUAACUGGCAUCAGUUGAACCCGGUACGGCCGGCGUGACAACCAUAGAUCACACUUAGUUACUUUUAUCAUCUAUGACAUCAGCCUUGACACUACCUUAGUCAAUCAUUUACUUUCUAGGGAAGCAACAAGCGACGGCAGGAACUAAUCCGGCAACGUUAACCCGGCAACCAAUCACAGCAAAUUACAGAAAAAGCAUUGAACAACCGCGGAAAUAAAUAGAAAAAGAAAAGAGAAAAACGACACUCGCCGUAAACGCCGCCAAGGCAGAUCCACGUAGGAACGGAGUGUAAUCCGAAGCAGCGGUUUGUGACAAUCCGAACCAACUGGAUCGGAGCUAAACACAGCUGGAGACAGGCUGUCACCAACAAAGUCCCACUCAGCGAUUCCCUAACUACGUUCCUUCUCUCUCUCUUUCUAUUUUUCCUUCGCAUUUCUCUCGUUCUCUUUCUUCUCCCCCCUCUCCUCUCGUCUGUCUUUCUCUCCCCGUCUGUUGCCCCUCGCUCUCUGUCUGCUCCUCUUCUCUCUCUCUCCCCUCCCCCUUUUGCGUUUUCCGGCUAGGGUUUCGUCCAUCCCAUCCGGGGAUUCGCCGAUUUUCCGUCGACGGUCAGUGGAUCAAGAUUCCUUGCUCCGUAAGCUCUCUAUUCAUUAUAAAUUUUCCCGCUUUCGUCCUUGUCUCCGCUGCUAAUUUUUCGUUUCCCCUGAGGGCAAGGGCUUUGCAUGUAUGGUUUUGGGGGUUUGCUUCUUUUUCCUCGUUGGGUAAUUUUUUUCUUCUUUCUCUCUUCUCGGCUGCUUUGCUGGGAAUUUUUCUUGCUGGCCGUCGUAUGUGCUUUGGGCUGAGAAUGCGUCAAUGUCAGUUUUUGGUUUUCCGGUGCUACCUGUUUGUACUCUUCUUUUCAAUUGGACCCUAAUUUCCUUGCCCAAAGUGUGGGUUCUGAUUUUUUGAAGUGGGGGUUUUCCUCUGGUACCAAAUUCGCUGAGGGUUUUGUUUGGAGAGAGUUAGAUUUAAUUAUGUUUGAUUGAGUACUUGAUGUUGUGUUGCCUGCCUGCCCGGGUUCUUUUGUUGCUCAUUGUCAACUAAUUGCACACUUCUAUUGUUGGGAGUUCAUGAAUUGUGCCGUGGAGAUCUAUUAGAUGCUGGUGAAAUUGGGUGAGUGGUUAGCGCCUAGGGGAUCGAAAUGUUGUGAGCUUCUGUGCUGAAGAUGUGUUCAACAUCGAGCAUUGUUGUACGAUAGUGGGUUAAAUGAAUCAGUCUGCUUUGUCCGAGGGUUGCUGAAUAGUCUUUUGCAACAUACAUGACUGAUUGCUCUUGCUCCCUAGUUGCAGAUAUUUGUCUUGAUGCCGCAGCAAUGAAAUGUUAUAAACCAUGGAUAUAGAUGAACUUUGGAUUGUUGUAGAUGUAAUAACGGAGUGGUAUAACUUCUCAGGGUCGUUAUUGGUUUGCUGUACUUUUCUUUAAUGAUCUGGUUUAUAUUCUGCUGGUAUUAUCAAUCAUAGUUCCUUUCAUGCUUUGCCUCAAAUUGCUUCAUGCUUUUCAAAUCUUGCUGUUUUGCUGACUACCUGCUUCUUCUUCUUAUAGGUGUUUCACUGGUUAAUAGACAUUCUCAGAUUGUGCCAUUCCCAGAAAUUAAGCACCGAGAAUUUACUGAUUGCACCUUGGAUUACACAAGGUGUGUGACAUCACAAUUGGAGCUUUUUGACCCAGGAAAGGGAUAGUGGCACAUGGUGAUUGCGAAUGAGGGGUUUGACCAGUUUUAAGUGAAGAAUGUAUUGUGACAGGCAUGCACUAGUAUUACUGAAAAGAAGAUAAUCCUGGGAAGAAAGCAGCAUCUACGAAUUACUCUUGAGGACUCCUUGUAUCCAUGCUGGCGGAGAGCAUGCGUGGGAUCUGUGUUUCGGGUGAUGCCCCUGACGAGAUUUGCUGCCGAUGUGUUCGGUGUGGUUACAAUUUGUCUAGUAGCUCUCUUGAUCAUCUUCGGUCUCGUAUGCAUUGUCUACUCGUUUUAUUUUCGGUCACGCGUUCGUAAUCAGGACUUGCUCAGCUACUUCAGUGGUCCUUGGAUAAUCCGAAUCACCUUCAUUAUAUUUGUCAUCUGGUGGGCUUUUGGUGAAAUUGUACGGUUGAGUUUCCUGAGACGUGAGGGGAGGGUGUUGAAUACCCUUGACUACAAAUGGCAGGAAAAUGUCUGCAAGGGUUAUAUCAUCUCGAAUCUCGGGUUUGCAGAGCCAUGCUUGUUCCUCACACUCGUGUUUCUCCUGAGGGCUCCCUUACAGAAGAUGGAUUCUGGAAUUUUAGGUCACAAAUGGAAUGGGAAGACAGCAAGAUAUGUUCUUCUGUUUUGCCUGCCAGUGUUUGUACUUCAACUCUGUGUUAUUCUGAUUGGGCCUCAAUUGCGCAAAGAUGAGGCUACCUUGAUGAGAUUGCCCCUUUACUUUACCAGCACAGCUACAUCUACAACACAGAGCAGUGCUGUUGUUGCCCUCUGUACUUACCCUUUACUAAACACAAUCCUCCUUGGGAUCUUUGCCACCGUGCUUACCCUCUACCUGUUCUGGCUAGGAAGGCGCAUCUUGAAGUUGGUCAUCAACAAGGGUCUUCAGAAGAGAGUAUAUACCCUAAUAUUCUCGGUUUCGAGUUUCCUCCCAUUGAGGGUCAUUUUACUGGGGCUAUCGGUUUUAUCUGAGCCAGAGCGACUUCUUUUUGAAGCUCUUGCUUUCACAGCUUUUCUCGCCCUUCUGUGUUGUGCUGGGGUCUGUAUAUGCAUGCUUGUGUACUUCCCUGUUGCAGAUUCUUUGGCCCUGGGGAAUCUGAGUGAUUUGGAGGCUAGGAGAAGGGUCAGUGAGGAACGCAAUGAGUCCAUUUCCCUUAUUGCUAACCAAAGCUACCCGGAAGAAAGCAGUAGGAUAAGCCCUGACAGCAACUCUGAUACAUCUACUAAGCGAGGAUCUAUAUCUUUUCGUGCUUAUGGGAAGGACGGGGCUUCGACUGGCACAUUUGUUGAGCUGAGUCUGUUUUCUCCCAGUCGUGACGCUACCCCACCAGGAUCGCCCCCACUUCUCGGCUGGCCAAUGCGAGCUCCACCAGCACAAGCUCAGGGACCGCCUUGAGAAGAAGCUUUGGCAGGAGGAACACUCUCAGGGUUGAUUAUCCUGGUGAAUAUCAAUUUUGUGGUAAAGGGAUAAGGGAAAAUGGGUAAAUGAAAAAAAAAAAAAAAAAAAGGAGGGAAAAGAAGAAGCUGAUUGUAAAGGGGUUGGUUUCAAUAAGGAUUUUGAUGAUUAUUGGUUUGCUUCCUAAUUUUAGAUAUGAUGGUUUUUCUUCAGGGUUAAAUGAAUGAGUUAAUUUUGAUCAUGCUUCAAUUUUCUUUUCUCCUCUCCCCCGCGAGUUCCUAUUCUUUGUCCUUUGGUUCCAAGCUCUUUUAUGUUUUGUUACGAGUUUAGCACAGGAGACUGAAGGAUGGUGGGUAGCUGUUGGUCAGUUGCUGCUGUAUAUGCUCUAAUUGUCUAAUAAUGGUGGCUUUUGAAUCAAUCCUUUACAGCUAUAUCGACAACUAUAAUGGGGGUUGUAGGCAAGCUGGGGACAAAUAGCAAAUCUGAUCUGUCACCUGCAACAAGUGAGUUGUAUGAGGAUUUUUUGUCUUUGAAUUAUUCUUGCAGUCCAGCUGUUGGAUGCUCUUUUCAAGCUGGACAUGGUGGGAAUUAGUUUAUUGUUAUUCCUUCUUUCCCCUCUUUGGUUUGACCAAUAUUUUAAGUGAUAAAUCCACAACUUCUCUGUCCGGUCGCCGGCGGUGGUAAGUGGUGACUUGGUCUCAAAUUAGCUUCAGGUGCUUACGGAAAGGAAGAUGAUAAUUUGUGUUCAGAAUAGCGGAAUGGGGAAACUUCAGCGUGCGUGUUCCCUCGCUCCGCGGCUUAUGGAAGAAGGAGGCUAACUUUAAAAUAAUCAAAGCAGAAUAUUAGAAGUUCAUAUCCCUUUUCCUAAGUGUCAAUGUUCAAAGUUCUCGAACGGUCCAAUUCUCCGACGAGAUCAGGACUCCUUUUGGUGGAGAAUAAGCUGCAGAUGGAGUCCCACGUAAACAAUAUGUAUUAACACUAUGUUUAUGUUUGGCAACAAGGAGGUGCAAAUUCGACGGGCAAAUUGCAGGAGGGUGCAAAUUGGUGGAGGGUGUAAGUGGAGGGAUAAAUUAUUGUUUGGAUGAAAAAGUAGGAGUGCAAAUAUAGUGAAAAAGUAAUAAAAUUAUAUUUUUAUUAUUAUUAUAAAAAAUAUGUAUUAAAAUUAUAAAAGAUGACCACAAAUAAUAAAAUAAAAAAUAUAUAUAAUAAUCAUAUAUAUUAACAAAUAUAAUUUAAUAAAAUAAUUAAUAAGACAAUAAUGCUUUAAUAAUAAUUUAUGGUAAUAAUUAUUGAUCGAGCAAUCGCAAAGCACGAAGCCCAACCUAUGGCCAAGACAUAUAACUAGCAACUAGCUCAUGUCUCACACUCGAGCGUUGGUUGUCGACAUGGUGAUCUCGAUUUGACUAGAUGAACCUUAGGACCAAUGAUCGACCACCACUGCAUUCAGUCCUAUUUGGUCCUCUGCAAAUGUCAUCGGUCCAUUUUUUUCAAUAUUUACACGAUACUUCUUCUGUAUAGUUUUCAACGCAAAUUUAGUCAACCAAACAUUUGCUCGUUCUACUUUUUCCACAAUACUUCUUCUCUAUACUUUGAAACAGAAUUUUGAGUCAUACUUCGUCAAACACAUUAAAAAAUUGGAGCAAUUUGACAAACUUGCUAUUCACGGACAAAUUUUAUAUUAAUAAUAACUAUGAUAAUAAAAAUCAAUAAAAAGUAUGAUUUAUGAUUCAAUAGUAAUUAUAGUAUUUCUUGCUAUCUUAAUAAUAAUUACAUGUUUUUUAUUCAAAAUAUAAUUAUUUGAAUAUAAUAAGACAUUAUAAUAAUUCUAAAAUUAAUCUUACAUACUAACCCCCUUCUCCUUCUUUUCUCUCUCUUCUUGCACCUCAAAUUAGGGGUAAGGGGAAUAGUGAUUUAACCCCCCAUUUGCUCCCACUAGCACUAUUACAAAUUAACCAAAUGAGGGUAA